UGUUCCAUAUAUAAAUUCUCUCCAAGCACCAAUCCCCAUUUAGUUAAAGACAAACCAUUUGAACAGUAACAUCGAAAUCAGAAAUACGAAAGGUAUUUCCCAAUCAAUCAACAAUGCAAGUGCCAUUGAGAUUUUGUAUUGGACUGAUCCUGCUUGCCCUGUGCCUGCCUCAGUCUCUGCAAGCACUGUAUAAUUUUGAGGAUAUGUGUCGGCUGUUCCAGAAUGGCAUCCACAUCCGGAAGCCCGCCUCCUGCAAUGAGUACAUUGAAUGCAAAAAUGGCAACGGCAUCCUGCACAAAUGCGCCGAUGAUCUGGUCUUCGACGCCAGCUCCCAGAAGUGCGUGAAGGCGACGGCUAGUAACAGUGUGCACUGUGGCAACCUGUGUGAGGGCAAGGACGGCAAGUGGGUGGCCGAUCCAACGGACUGUCACAACUAUCUGUACUGUAGAAAUGGAGAAUCCCUGGCCGGCCACUGCGAGGGCACCCAGCACUUCAAUGAAACAACGCAGUCCUGCCAGCACGAAAGUGAUUCAAUUUGUGUGGAUGUUGCCAAUAUAUGUGAGCUGCUGCCGGAUAAAACAAAGUUUCGGCAAGAGAGUGAUUGUAACGAGUACUACGAGUGCAAGAGUAAAAAGCACACGCUCAAGUCCUGCACCUCAGCGCAGUAUUUUGACGUGGAGAGUGGAACCUGCAAGGCUAAGAACCUAGUCGCUUGUAAUGCACAUUCCAAGAAGGACGUAUGCUUGUCGAAAUCUAAGCCCAUUAAGGGUUACCAGCCGGACGGUGCCACUUGCCGUGGUUACUUUUACUGCGGUGACUACGGCGCUGUUCACGACAUUGAUCCCUGGUGGAGUCAGUGUCCGGAGGGCUUUUUCUUCGACAACACUAGGCAAAUGUGCGCCGAGCCCACAUCAGUGGUUUGCACUUACAACCGGUGCGAAGGACGCGGAACGAUGCUUGUGACCAGCAGCAGUAAUGAUUGCCACAACUAUAUUGAAUGUGUUGAUGGUGUCGAAGUUGCGGAGAAAACUUGCCAUUGGGAUUACUUCUUCAAUGAGAGAGUGCAAGCCUGCGUCAGUGAAAUUAUUUACGACGGCUGCUGUGAUGGGCGUGACUAAAGCGUGUACUUAACUCUCCAACAUUUUAAAUUUCUUUUAUAAAA